CAAACACACGCGCGCGCUAUUUGUGUGAACACUAAUGUAUUUUUGUAUAGGAGAAAAUAAAUAAAUUUUAGGGAAAUUUUAUUGUCAUUUGUCACGUAGUGAAAAACAAAUUAAAUUGUGUCACACGUCCUGAAACUAACCUUUUGACGUGCAAUAGUGGUGGGUUCCUUCCUAAAUAAUUAACAAAAUAAUAAUAACAAAAAACAAGGUAAAAAAAUCAAGAAUUUUUUGGUAAGUGUGAAAAACCAACUUACCAUAUUUUGUCUAUAAAUAGCUACCUUAAUUUCCACGAAUCCCAUAAUCAUUGCUCUCACAGAAUUUGCUCUCUAUAACCAUGGCGGCUAUGCAAAGAAUCCCUCUUCUUCUUCUUUCCCUAUUUUUUCUCAUAGGAAUACUCUCGAAUUAUGUUUCGGCGACGGUUUUUACACUCCAAAACAGUUGCAACUACACAAUCUGGCCGGGGACACACUGCGGCAAUGGCGCCUCGCUACUCGGCGAGGGCGGUUUCGCACUGUCGCCGGGGGCCACCACCCAAUUCCCGGCUCCGCCGGGCUGGUCGGGCCGCUUCUGGGCCCGAACCGGCUGCAACUUCGACUCCGCCGGCAACGGCAACUGCACGACCGGCGACUGCGGCGGCAAGCUCAAUUGCGCUGGCGGCGGCGAGCCGCCGGUUAGUCUGGCGGAGUUCACCAUCGGCGGCGGCAGCUCGACCAUGGACUUCUACGACGUCAGCCUUGUCGACGGGUACAACGUGGGGCUCGGGGUGCGGCCGUCUGGCGGCUCUGGCGCCUGCCAGUACGCGGGCUGCGUGGCGGACGUGAUCCCGGAAUGCCCGAAGGAGCUGCAGGUGGUCGGCGCCGGCGGCAAGGUGGUGGCGUGCAGGAGCGCGUGCGCGGCGUUCAACACGCCCGAGUACUGCUGCAGCGAGGACCACGCGACGCCGCAGACGUGCGGGCCCACGCCGUACUCGGAGGUCUUCAAGAAGGCGUGCCCGUCGGCGUAUAGCUACGCGUACGACGAUUUGUCGAGCACUUGCACUUGCACCGGUUCCGAUUAUCUCAUUACGUUUUGUCCCUCAGCCUAAAUUAGAUUCAUUGUUGAUUAGUUUGUAGGUAGAAUCACAAAUCUUUUUAUCCUUUUUGUUUUUUUUUUUCUUCUGUUUUUGCAAUUUUAUGAGAGUAUUUGUUUUCUUAAAUAUUCAUGACAUUGUUGUUGGUAGUUAAUUUUGAUUUAUGAGAGUAUUUGUUUUCUUAAUA